GCUGGCUAUCCGAUCACGUGAACGGCGCAUGCGUUUCCCGCUGCGGUCAUCAGCCGUCCGCCGAUCGUCGUCCGUCUUCUGGUGUUUGCUCGCAUUUAACGAGGCUUUUUCGCGAGCCUCUCUCUCUUGCCGGCUGCAUUCAAAUUGGCUUAGGCGACGGGCAGGCGAUCGUGGGGCCAUAAAGCCCGAAAAGCGAACAAAAAGCCAGCUAAAAAGUGUAAAACUUCGAUCUGCGAUAGUGAUAGUGCUGGUCAAGAUUAGGGGCCCAGGAGGUGGUCAGUCUUAAAUACCCGGCUAGAAGAAGAGCCGGCGACGCGUGGCGGCGAUAACCGACUUAGCGUGCCCCGUCUCAGCCUGGACAUAAUGGGCUAUUGGCCCGGAGACACCGGUGAUCGUCUGCCCCGGAGAUCCAUUGUCCACUUUGUGAUCCUGUCGAUUGGCGUCAUCACCGAAUGGCAUGCAGGACUGCGGUUCCUGGACCAGCAGCAGAUAACCCUGGCCCUGGAGACCCUCUGUCCAGCGGGAACUUCGGCGGUCACGCUCCUCAAGAUGUUUCUCAUGCUGCGCUACCGCCGGGAUCUGUCGACCAUGUCGAAUCGCCUGAGGUGCCUCCUCUUCGACCUGAAGUCGGAGCGAUCCGAUCAGCAGGACAUCCGACUGAGCCAGUCGGUCAAGGCGGCCCGCAUCAACUUCUGGCCCCUGUCCACCGGAUUCUUCACCUGCACCACCUACAACCUGAAGCCACUGCUGAUCGCCUUGGUCCUGUAUCUCCAGGAUCGCUUCGACGGAUUCGUCUGGUUCACCCCCUUCAAUAUGACAAUGCCCACGGUUCUAAUGAGAUCUCCAUUCUUCCCCCUGACCUACGUUUUCAUUGCCUAUACGGGCUAUGUGACCGUAUUUAUGUUCGGAGGCUGCGAUGGUUUUUAUUUCGAGUUCUGUGCCCACUUGUCAUCCCUGUUUGAAGUGCUCCAGGCGGAGCUUCGAUCCAUUUUCAAGCCCUACGAAGAUUAUUUGGAGCUUUCGCCGGUGCAGCUUUAUAGUCUGGAGCAGCGAAUGCGGGAAGUCAUCAUGAGGCAGAAUGCGAUUAUCGAGCUGACCAAGAUUUUCCGGGAGCGUUAUACCAUUAUUACAUUGGCCCAUUUUGUGUCCGCUGCCAUGGUGAUUGGCUUCAGCAUGGUCAAUCUUCUGACAGCAGGAGGCAAUAGUCUGGGAGCCCUGCUCUAUGUGGCCUAUACGGUGGCCGCCUUGAGUCAACUGCUGGUCUAUUGCUAUGGCGGCACUCUUGUGGCCGAAAGUAGUGUGGAGCUGUGCCGAGUGAUGAGCUCUUGUCCCUGGCAAUUGUUUAAGCCUCCACAGCGGCGCCUCGUUCAACUAAUGCUCCUGCGAUCUCAACGACCCAUAUCCAUGGCAGUGCCUUUCUUUUCCCCUUCACUGGCCUCCUUUGCUGCGUUGGCUGCAGAAAGCGGACCCGGAAUGACAUCGCCAGAUGAGCGGAGUUUCUGGGAGCGGCACGAGUUCAAGUUCUACCAGUACGGCCAUGUGUACGCCCUGAUCUAUGGCCAGGUGGUGAUCGACUAUGUGCCCCAGAGGGCGUUGAGGCGUGGCAUUAAGGUCCUUCUCAUUCUGUAUGGCCACCUGUUUAGUUUGCUGUUGAUUGUGGUACUGCCUGCAUACUUUUGCUAUCACUUUGGCACCCUAACCGAUACUUUGGACCGGCGUUUGCAACUGCUCUUCUAUGUGGGUUUCGCCAAUACGGCCAUUAAGUAUGCCACCGUGAUAGUGACCUAUGUGGCCAAUACCGUGCACUUUGAGGCCAUCAACCAGAAGUGCACCCUGCAGAGGAUGCAUCUGGAGCGGGAGUUCAAGAAUGCGCCGCAAGAACCAAAGAAACCCUUCGAGUUUCUCAUGUACUUCAAGUUCUGCCUAAUCAAUCUGAUGAUGAUGAUCCAGGUGUGCGCCAUUUUUGCCCAAUACGGCGAGAAGGGUUCGGCUAGCCAGGUGCGAGUCCACUUCGCCGUCUACGCCUUUGUGCUGUGGAACUACACGGAGAACAUGGCGGACUAUUGCUACUGGAUCAACGCCUCGGUGCUGAAGUACUACAGGCAGUUCAACCUCCAGUUGGAUUCGCUGCGCGAGGAGAUGGAUGGGCUGAGGCCCGGCCGCGGAAUGCUCCUGCAUCGCUGCUGUGAGCUAAGCGAUCGGCUGGAGGUGCUGCGUCGAAGGUGCCGCGAGAUCCACGACCUGCAGAGGGAGAGCUUUCGCAUGCACCAGUUCCAGCUGAUCGGCCUCAUGCUGAGCACCCUCAUCAACAACCUGACCAACUUCUACACCCUGUUCCACAUGCUGGCCAAGCAGUCGCUGGAGGAGGUCAGCUACCCGGUGGUCGUGGGCUCCGUCUACGCCACCGGCUUCUAUAUAGACACCUACAUCGUGACUUUGGUCAAUGAGCACAUCAAGCUGGAGCUGGAGAACGUAGCCCUGACCAUGCGGCGGUUCGCCGAGCCACCGGCCAGGGACGAGCGACUCACCAGGGAGAUAGAACACCUUUCGCUGGAGCUACUCAACUACCAGCCACCAAUGCUCUGUGGAAUUUUGCACCUGGAUCGCCGAUUGGUCUACCUCAUCGCUGUUACCGCAUUUUCAUACUUCAUAACUCUGGUGCAGUUCGAUCUCCUUCUGCGCAAGAAGUCCUAGCCAACGAAAUGGUCUCCAAAGAGUUAAAAUCUUAAAAGAGAACCCUAAAGAAACCGAAUUUAAAACACAAAACUUAAAAUAUUCACAAACAAAA